AUGAGCUACACAGUGAAGAAAAACACCAUGAAAAUAGGAGACGCUGUAUACCUGCGAAAAGCCCUGGUGAACAACCUUGGAGAGGAAAAGAGGACUAGGCUCCACAUUCAAAAACUCCAGAAGGCAUUAAAUAUCCGGUUUAGGGAGAUUGAGAAAGAAAAAGCAGCUCUGAAGAUUUUUUUGGGAAAGCUUCACAAGACAAGUGGCUAUUUUCCUCGACAACUUUUCUGGUGA